GUCACAAACUGAGUCAUGAGACAAAAGGUGAACGUGUGACAGGUCGCGGACUCCCCCUCACCUGUUACGAUGGUACUCCUUCCGGUCUCCUUUGGGCGGUCCCCAUAAACCCAUGUUUACGGGGUUUGUUGAGAAAAUAUGGGAAAUCUUCAGCUAGAGUGGAGUAGGUACUGAACAAAUGUAGUAUAAUAAUUGACCUAUCACGAAUCAAUACCUUACCUACACCGGAGUCUUGAAAUUAAUCGAACAGGAGUGAAACAGUAACCACUGCUAGCGGACGAAGGGCUAUAAGCAAUGGAGUUCGGCCAAAUCACUAUCGUAAUUUUUACUCAGAUAUAUUUGUGGACACAAAUAAAAGGCUCCAUAGUGACGGUAGGUGACACUAACAUUCAGUCUGGGGAUUCCUGGGCAGCCCCUAGACAAACUCGUAUUUGUGCUGGAUACAUCAUCCCCUCAUCCGGGUAUGUAUCCAGUUUCCAAGCCUAUGUGACUAGGGCUGGAGGGACCAUACUGUUACAGGUAUGGAGGCAUGCCGGAGAGACCAAGUACUUCCUUGUAGGACAGCAGCCACUUGUUCCAAAUGGACCUGGACUGAACUCUAUAGCGAUACCGCCAGGAAUCCUGUUAGUCGAAAAAGGAGAUCUGCUUGGAUUUACAAAUACUUUGGAGAAUGUUACUUUAUCCAGGAGAACCGUCGACGAAGUUUAUCCUCUCCAUAUAUACGAUUACGUGUCCCUGAACGAUGGAAACCCUCCCUCCGUUUCCUCAUCGCCGCUCACGUUUGUGCAGUCCCAAGAAAUAGGUUACAGAUACGCCGUCCAAGCCUCUGUGGAAGUUCCCGACAUGACGAACUUGCCUUCAAAUACAGAUCCACCUAGCCCACCUCAAACGUCAACAAUCGUGCCAUCCAUAACCCCUGGCUUUGAAACCAUAAGAAAAAACGGCAAUAUUCUCAAGAACACCAAUCUUUUAGUACGUGGUGGGGGUAGACGAUUAUUUCUGGACACGUCACUCAAAUUCUCUAAAGGUGUGGUCACUGGGUUUCACGUUUUCUUCAAGACUGCUAGCAAUGUUCAUAUUCAAAUAUGGCGGCCACUUUGGAUGGCUCAAUACAAUCAAAUGAUUUACCAGCUAAUCGCCAGCAAAAAGUUGCAGCCUCCUAGUGUGGUUCCUAGCAUUAUGAAUGUUAACCUGAAUGAAACUGACUACAUUGCCGUGGAAACUAAUGACGUCCUGGGUUUCUUCAAUGAGGAAGAUAUCGGUCCUAUUCCUUAUGACUAUGAAAGCAAUCGGAUGUACAAGACCUGCAGUGCAGUGACAGGGUGUUCAACCAUCCCCACAGUCGGUAAUAUCAAAAUGCUAGAAGACCUGGCACUCAAUUGGGCGUUUUCAUUUGCUGCCACGUACAACACGCAGUAUUGGAAGUUUUCUCUUCCUAGUGCACCCGAGCCGACGUUACCUCCAGGACCAACUGGUCAGAUUGGACCAAAGGGAGAGGUUGGUUCAACGGGAGAGAUAGGAGACACGGGUCAAACGGGUCGCAAGGGUGAGGCGGGACCACCAGGAAGUACCGGCCCCCCAGGACCGCAAGGUAUUACGGGUCCCCCAGGACCCAAGGGUGACCCAGGUCAAAAUGGACCAAGGGGCGACACGGGACUUCCAGGGCCUCAAGGCCCUACUGUGGAGCAAGGCCCACGGGGACCAACGGGUAUAACUGGAUCCACUGGAGAGACCGGGCCCACUGGACCCAAGGGACAGACAGGAAACACUGGUCCUACAGGAGACUCUAGUACUGGUCCAGAAGGACUGACGGGCCCCCAGGGACAAACCGGAUCCAAAGGGGAUAGAGGAUCAACGGGACAGAGAGGGCUCAAAGGAGACACCGGCCCCCCUGGGUUGACUGGCCCGCCUGGGUUUCCAUUUAAUGAAACCAACGAAUGUGCAACGGGCCUUCACGACUGCGACUCAAAGCACGGCAUCUGUGUGAACUUGUAUUCCGGCUAUUUUUGUCUUUGUCAGUCUGGGUACGUGCUCAUGUCAGAUGGCAAGGCGUGCACAGAGGAUCGAUACUGUAGUAAAAACAAUGGAGGUUGCCAGGAACAGUGUUUAUCCAGCUCCAAUGGUUCCCAGUCAUGUGGAUGUGUUUCUCCGGGGCUGACUAUGGAUAAAGACGGGAUGUCUUGUAUAGAUAUAGAUGAGUGUGAGCGGGAACCAUGUGAUACAGAUUCCGUCUGCAUCAAUUCCUACGGCUCGUACGUCUGCCUCAGCUUAUUAAAAGAUAAAGGAAGCAGUAUAGCAAGUGGGCAAACGGGAGAUGAUGGUCUCCCGAAUUUACUAUCCAACGCUAUGAUUCUUGCCAUGAUCAUUUGGCUAAUAGUCCUGACACUAUUAUACAUAGUUCUGGCUCUCUGUUGUUAUACACUGGUCAAAAGAGCCAAGCGUGAGAGAAGAAAUUUUGAGAACGCCAUGAAAAUUCCGAAACUUACUCCAAAUUGGUUAUUAAAAGCCGGAGCCAGUGAAGAGAUUACCUAUGACAAUGCCCACAUCGAGGUUCCUCCGGGGCAUAUGUGGUUUGGAAGGGACUCCGAGAAACCUUUGGCAGCGGGAAGUAGCGAGCCUCUAGAGUAUGACAGGAGACAGAGUCAGGGGCAUCCAUUGUACAAAACGCCUCCUAAAUGACUAAAAGUUUGACAGACAUAUAGGAUGUCAUAUUUGUGCUAGCAGACUGACAAAGACUAGCCCUUCAAUCAAUAUACGUUCAUAUUAAUUUACAAAUGGGUGUUAAUGCUUUUGUAAAACCUUUGGAGGUAUCGAGUUUUGAGAUGAAAUGAUAUUACAUAAUGUUGCUCCAAAGUGUAUUUUCGAUUUUUGAUAACUUGGUUCAACAUCACUAAAAUGUAACAUUUGAAAAGUAUUCUGUUGCUGUCAAACAAAGGGUACUUUACUGGAAAAGUUAUACAUAUGCCAUAUUUGUUAUAAAUUUGUAUAUUUUCGUAUGUAAAGUCGUCUGUUUCAUUAUAGUUCGUUAUCCAUUGUUUUGUCUCUUUCUAACCUUAAAAGUACGACUAAACAAAACAUUGAAGAAACGUCAAGAAAACCAUGAUGGCUCAUCAUCAACAUUAUUUUAGAAUGUUACCGUUAAGUGUACAACUAACAUUUGCAGAAUUAUCCGGUGUCUGACAUAAUAAUUUGCCCUAAAAUAAACUUCCACGAAAACUUUGCCUUUAGGAAAAUUUUUGGAUUGGUCUCCUUAUCUUAUUGUGUCCCGACAUGAUAUACGGCAUGGUCGGGUGCCCACCCUUUCAUUGAUUCAUAACACAUUUGUCUUCGUGUCCCGUCAUCUUUGGUACACCCACCCACACUAGUCUCUUGGCUAGUCUCAAGGCCGUGAGUUAUGCAUGCAGGAAUCUUCAGAUUUUAUCUGAAUCAAAAAC